ACAGCUGGAACUCACAUGUCAAAGCAGAAACAUCCUUCCCCAGAUCAGGGAGACACAGCCUGUUCCUCUUUAAAUCUGUGCUGUGUGCUGCAGUGCUCUGCAUUGUUGCCAUGGCAGAAAUCUCCCCAUAGUAAUAACCUCUUUCAGAGAAGGUUAAGAAGAGACAGUGCACAUGCUCAGAAAUGCUGCACUUGUUCUGUUGGCAGUUUGCAGCGGCCAUUUCAAAGAGACCAUCACAAAGACGAGCGAGAAAUCAGAGAAGUAGCAGUUCCCAAGAUGCUGGCACCCUGCCUUCUGAGAAGAGUGGUCCUUACAGUUCCUUUUGUGUUUGUGGUCGCACUGCUUCUCGCAGAGCCCGUCAGAUCUGAACAAGAAGCAGGAACAGCCAUACCAGCUGAAAGCCGUCCUUGUGUUGAUUGCCAUGCAUUUGAGUUCAUGCAGAGGGCUCUGCAGGAUUUAAAGAAGACAGCCUAUAAUCUAGACACACGGACAGAAACUCUGCUUCUUCAGGUGGAAAAGAGAAAUCUGUGCGACUGUGUAACUGCAAAUCUGCUGAACUGAAUCCUGGAGGCCAGCUAAGGAGUGUCACCUGCUCAGCAGUUUUUAAAAGGGACCUGUAUAAAAUACAGCAUUAAGGAGUUCAUGUUGCAAGCAUGUAUGCCCCCAACAUACUGAGGAAACUGGGGGGUUGUGUCUUUAUAUAUUUGUCUGUUCUGUUUGUUGGGGUUUUUUUUAAAUAGUACCCUCUAUUCAUAUCCACUGGGUUGCCAGUAAGGGCUCAGUUUGGUAAAACUGUUAGUUGGUGUUGAAGUGGGGGAAAAUUUUACCUGCUUUGAUUUUUAAAUCAGAGUUGGCCAAGUGUAACCCACAAGAUAAAUAUGGCCAGCAGUGGUCUAGAGACACUUGCAGCUGUUUUUUGUCUGUAAUAUGAACAUAUCUCUGUGGCAACUUGCCCAGUUGUAUUGUGACAGGGAAUUGUGGUCUCUGUAGGCUUUGCCUGUCCAUUAAAGAUGAUGGAAGUCC